UCCGUCCCGCACAAUGACUCAGCGAGUGACUCAGGUCUCGUGACUGUCCUGCCUCCCCUCGGGAGGCACCGACCUCUGAUUGGCCGCCCUCCCAUCGCUGCUAUCGGCGUCAUCGCCUGCCACCGCCUCGUCACGCUGUGCCUAUCCGGCCCUCGCCAUCUUCUCCUCACCUGCCUUCUCUUUCUCCUCAUCUUGUACCCCGUCAGUAAGUAGCCGGUCUUCCAGCUACUUCUUUCAGUGUACAGACCAUAACCUUAUAGUCCCCAGUUACUUGGCUACUAGGUACCGUCAUCUUGCACUUCUCCAUCAUCUCAUCAAUCCUCCGCUAGUAUCAUCGUUUAUAUACGUAUCAUCACCGCAAUGAGAGUUUUACCAGCUACAUUGCUGGUUGGUGCGGCCACUGCAGCCGCCCCUGCCCAGCAGGUCCUUGGCGGUUUCCAAGACUUCAAGGACUUCGGAAGCAACCUCCAGGAAACCCUGAAGGAAAGCCUGCCUAAGGUGAACAAGCCGCUCCAGAACUUCCAAGAGCAGCUUAAGUCUCUGUCCGAUGAGGCUCGUGGCCUGUGGGAGGAGGUUGCGAACGCUUUCCCCGAUAACCUCGACCACAACCCUGUCUUCUCUCUACCGAAGAAGCACACCCGCCGCCCUGACUCCCACUGGGACCACAUCGUCCGUGGAUCUGAUGUCCAGAGCGUCUGGGUCACUAACGAUGAUGGCGAGAAGGAAAGAGAUGUUGAGGGUAAGCUUGAGGCCUACGACCUUAGGAUCAAGAAGACAGACCCGGCUGCCCUCGGGAUCGACCCGAAUGUGAAACAGUUCACGGGUUACUUGGAUGAUAACGAGAAUGAUAAGCAUUUGUUUUACUGGUUCUUCGAGUCGCGAAAUGACCCUGAGAACGACCCCGUUGUUUUGUGGCUGAACGGUGGCCCUGGUUGCUCCUCCCUGACUGGUCUCUUUAUGGAGCUUGGCCCUAGCAGCAUCAAUGAGAAGAUUAAGCCAGUCUACAAUGACUUCUCAUGGAACUCCAACGCUUCCGUGAUCUUCUUGGACCAGCCUGUCAACGUUGGCUACUCUUACAGCAACAAUGCUGUCAGCGACACGGUUGCUGCUGGCAAGGACAUUUAUGCCUUGCUUACUCUCUUCUUCAAGCAGUUCCCUGAGUAUGCGAAGCAGGACUUCCAUAUUGCUGGAGAAUCUUAUGCUGGCCACUACAUUCCCGUUUUCGCUUCUGAGAUUCUUGCUCACGAGAAGCGUAACAUUAACCUGAAGUCUGUUUUGAUUGGAAACGGGUUGACUGAUGGUCUCACUCAAUAUGAAUACUACCGCCCCAUGGCCUGUGGUGAUGGUGGUUACCCUGCUGUGUUGGAUGAGAGCGCCUGCCGGUCCAUGGACAACUCCCUUGGUCGCUGCCAGUCCAUGAUUGAGUCUUGCUACAGCAGCGAGAGUGCAUGGAUCUGUGUUCCUGCCUCUAUCUACUGUAACAAUGCUCUCCUCGCUCCUUACCAACAAACCGGACAGAACGUGUACGAUGUUCGCGGUAAGUGUGAGGACGAGAGCAACCUUUGCUACAAGGGCAUGGGCUACGUCUCUGAAUACCUGAACAAGCCGGAAGUCCGCAACGCUGUCGGUGCCGAAGUUGAAGGCUAUGACUCCUGCAACUUUGACAUCAACCGCAACUUCCUCUUCCAUGGUGACUGGAUGAAGCCCUACCACCGUCUUGUCCCCGGCAUCCUUGAGCAGAUCCCUGUCCUCAUCUACGCUGGUGACGCCGAUUUCAUCUGCAACUGGCUCGGAAACAAGGCCUGGACCGAGGCCCUCGAAUGGCCUGGCAAGAAAGAGUACGCUCCCCUUCCUUUGGAAGAUAUCAAGAUCGUCGACAACGAGCACAAGGGCAAGAAGAUCGGCCAGGUCAAGAGCCACGGCAACUUCACCUUCAUGCGUCUUUACGGCGGUGGUCACAUGGUUCCCAUGGACCAGCCUGAAUCGUCCCUUGAGUUCUUCAACCGAUGGCUAGGUGGUGAAUGGUUCUAGAUGAGAUACGACAAGACAAGUCUGGUCUUUAGACAUUGAUUACAUGUGUGAUGUGUUAUAAUCCUUGCCCUUUUUAGUGCCUCGGAACACGAUUUGUUUGCUAUAGUUUUAUUGAAUCCUUUGACAAUGCAACAUGUUCCCCUCUAAGACUAAAAUGUCUCGUUUAUAGUCUAGAUUGUAUGACUGCCUACAUGGUCCUUAUCGUUUUAUAUAUACUGUUAAAACAAAUGCUCCCGAAUCGUAGUAUGCCUACAAGGUAAUAUCAUAGAGACAUCUCAUAAGCUUGUCGAGUACUUAGAAUUAGCUUCGUGCUGCUCGAUCAAUUUUGACAAGAUGCGGGAGUGUGGAGUAGGGUUGGCUAUAGAAGGAUAUGUGGGCAUCAACA